GAUUCCGCGAAAUUGUUUCUCGGGAGUGCGAGGACACAGCAGCGGCGGCGGCGGCGGCGGCAGCAAAGCAGGAAAAACGAGGAGGCGUGCGGAGGAACAAUGAAAUGGACGCAUUAAAUUAGAUAUUGUGGAAGCUGGUUGACGGAGGAUUUGGGGAGAGGGGCAACUCUCUCUACUGAUUUGUGUUUUUGUCUUCGUCUGAACGUCCCACUCUUGACGGGACAGUCACAUUGACGCCGACACGUGUGUGGAUGAUCGCGCACGCCACCUCGCUCUGAUCCUCUCCUGAUUUUUUUUUUUUUUUUUUGCAACACUUUCACCACCAGCAGUCACUCUUCCUGCGGUCAUCAUGUCCGAGGUCUCUGCGGACCUCGUCCCCGCGCGACCUGCACCCACGGUCCGGACGGACGAUGCGCUCAAAGAGAACCAAGAGCACCGAACUUUGCUGAUGGUGGCGAGAAUUCUGUUGGACUUGAACAAAUGUCGGCCCGACGCCGAGGAGAAGGAGAAGCCGGUCGAGAGCAAGAGGAGGGCGGAGGAGCCGCAGGAGUCCUCCGACAAGAGGCACUGCUGCCCCUUUAACGGCUGUGGCAAGAUGUACGGAAAGUCGUCCCACCUUAAAGCCCACCUAAGGGUGCAUACCGGCGAGCGUCCAUUCGAGUGCACCUGGCCGGCCUGCGGCAAGAAGUUCUCGCGGUCAGACGAGCUGACCCGCCACUACCGCACCCACACGGGCGAGAAGCGCUUCACCUGCCCCCUGUGCGACAAGUGCUUCAUGAGGAGCGACCACCUGACCAAGCACGCCCGUCGCCACGCCGGCUUCCAUCCCAGCAUGCUCCAGGGCGCCGGCGCCUCCAAGAGACGCCACUGCUCCGUCUCCGUGUCAUCAUCUGAUUCCGGAGACCAAAGCCCUCAGGGGAUGUAAAUUGGGGCCAACACACACACACACACACACACACACGGACACACCCACUCAUGUGCCACCGCCCACGAUCACAGAGGUUUUCUCAUGUGUCAAGCUUCCAUUCUUGACCAAUGUGAGAGGUAUUUUUUCAAAAUUGUUCAUCAGGGUGAAUUAUUUCUAAUCAUUUCUGAAUGUCAGUGUGUGUGUGUGUGUGUGUGUUUUUUAAAGGUCCCAUAUUUUGACCAUUUAAACCUUCAUAGAGUGACUCUGUAACACGGACUUAGUAUAAAAGUAACAAUUUCAUUUAAAAAAAACACCUUGGUUUUGUCAUACAAGUGUCCAGAAAAAGGCCCCUCUGACACCUACUUGUGUUUGAUCCAGUUUUGUAUCCACUUUGUCCAUAUUUGGCUAAGCCCGUCGCCUUUCCUCUCAUUGGUUGCCUGCGUGUUGAAGACCCGUGAAGCGGAGAGGGAGGUGGAGAUCUUCGCUAGUGACGUAAAUAAGCUCGAGAAAUUCGAAUGACCUGAUUUCAGGCCUCUCGGCAGAAAAACGUCUGGAACUCAGGAAUCUGUGGACGUUUUUAAUUCAUAUUUCACACAUUUACUGAGGCACCAUACAGCCAAUAUUACAUCCCAAAUACUAGAAAAAGAUGGUUUGGUAAAAUAUGGGACCUUUAGACAAAUACAACCCCAAUUCAAAUGAAGUUGGAACGUUGUGUUAAACAUAAAUAAAAACAGAAUACAAUGAUUUGCAAAUCAUGUUCAAUCUAUAUUUAAUUGAAUACACUACAAAGACAAGAUAUUUAAUGUUCAAACUGAUAAACUUUAUUGUUUUUAGCAAAUACUAAUUAACUAAUCGAACAUGAUUUGCAAAUCAUUGUAUUCUGUUUUUAUUUGUUUAACACAACGUCCCAACUUCAUUGGAAUUGGGGUUGUAUAACAUCAGGCAGCACGAUAAAAUGGUGGUUAUUAGUCUGCCUAGUAGUUCUGAGGUUCUGGGUUCGAAUCUUGUGUGAGGGUUUUCAUGUUCUCCCCGUGUUUGUGUGGGUUUUCUCGGUAUGCCGGCUUAGCUCCCUCAUUCCAAAAAAUGUGUAUUUUAGCUUUAUUGGAGACUUAAUUGUACAUAGGUGUGAGCGUGAAUGGUCGUCGGUUUAUCUGCGCCCUGCGAUUGGCUGACGACAAGUCAAGGCUGUACCCGACCUGUCGUCAAAAGUCAGCUGGGAUAACACUAGACAUUGGAUGGCUAAUAUACCAUCCUGGUAUGUAUAGUUGUCAGCAACACUAUCUUUACUAGAGGAACUCGGCUCAGCUCCACCAGGACUGAAAGGGAAUGAGUAUUAUAAAUAUGCAUAUGUAUAGUAGAGCACUAUUACCAUGCACACAGAGGAAAGCUCGAUUAUUUAGCCUUUAGUUAUUAGAGAGAAAUGAGACAAUUAUCUAGAAUCCAGCCAAUUACAAAGGGACUUCAUAUGAAGAAACAUACGAGCAUAAAAAUGCAUAAAAAAUAAUUUCACUAGACUUUGCUAAGACAAGCCAUCCUAAUGCCAAUUGUGAAGUUGUGAUGCAGGUUGUGACUCAUGACAUCACAAUCAAACAGGUCUUCACUUGAGGUCUGUGCCUUCUGGAGGUUGUUUUCCCCUCCUUGCCACUAUCGAAAUGAAUUAUUAUGAUAUUAUAAUCUUCACACUGAUAUUCAGCAAUUUAGUGAAUAUAAAGUGAAUUGUCGCAGACCAACAGUGCCAGCCAGAUGGACUUAUUUGUCCAUACAUUGUAUUUUGUCAGGGGCGUUUCAAUGAACAUUUUGCACCUCCCAGUGGUGAUGUUGAAGCACAACAUGUCACCUUUCUAUCUGGCUGGGACUUUCAUUAUUUAGUUCAGAAGUCACUUCCAUCUUGUAGCAUGUGUCUUUGUAUUUGUUCAGUACACUGAGUUUUUCAUGGUGAUGGUUUUAUAUAAUUAAUGAGGUCGAGAGGGGGUAAUACUCCACUACACGAGCUACAAAUAUUAUUUGUAUUUUUUUUUUUAAGCUCUUACACUGGCUAAGAGUGGAAAUGUUUUUUUUCUUUCUGUAAUUAUGACAUCUGUGAUUCAAUGUUGGUGCCUUUCAGGUUGAAGCCCUUAUGAUUCUACUGUAAUGAGGGUCACUGAAGACCCUAUAUUAAUGCUUUAGACAUAGCAUUGUAAUAAUUAAGUUUUUAACAUUAAAAAUGGUCUUUCUAA